UAAGAAGCUUUUCAGUACCUUGUUGUCGCGAUCGUAAAGCCAAACUUCAAACAUCCAUGUUCCAUGUUCCAUGUCAGCAUAAGCUGUGCUGCGGCAAGAGCCAACAGGGUCCUGACUCAGCCUUCCUUCACCUUGUGAAUCACGGCCAACUGACUCAUCGCACCGGCGGCAUGUAAGACAGAGAGGUUGUCCCAAAAUAACAUAUAUAACGACAGAAGUACGUGAGUCGGACCAUCUUUGACCAAGCAACUUGGAAUAUUCGUCUUGUUCUCGGUCUACAGAAGCAAACUGCAAAUAAAGAGAACUACCUAGUCACCAUGACACGGAGACUCGUAACCGUUCGCCGCGUCGGCUCCCUAGCUCCCAUCAAAGGCGCUGACCGCAUCGAAACCGCCUCCGUCGACGGCUGGACGUGCAUCGUGGCCAAGGGCGACUUCCAACCGGGCGACCUGGGCCUCUACUUCGAGAUCGACAGCCUGCUGCCCGGCUCCGACAAGCGAUGGGCGUCCCUCUCGCCUCACGGUGAUGCCGCGUCCGACCCGCCGCCGGACAUCCGCAUCCAGACGCUGCGCAUCCGCAAGACGCUGUCCCAGGGCCUCUUGAUGCCGCUGUCCGGCUUCCCCGAGGUCACCGGCGCCAUGGACCGGCUGCGGAGGGUGCUCGGGCAGGAGGGCAUGGAGAUGCAGAUCCAGGCCAUGAGCUUCGAGGACGUGCUCGGCGUCCGCAAGUUCGAGAAGUCGGCGCUCGAGUUCACCACCAGCGGCGGCGCCGAGCCGCUCGCCGAGUUCCCGGCCUUCAUCCCCAAGACGGACCAGGAGCGCGUGCAGAACAUGCCGGGUGUCUUCGCCGAGCGCGGCGACGACAUCUUCCAGGAGACGACCAAGAUGGACGGCUCGUCCAUGACCGUCUACUUCGUGCGCCGCGACAGCCCCUACUACGAGCAGCUUCCGCCGCUGCCGCCGGGGAGCGUCGCCAGCCAACACGCCAACGGCCGCGCGGGCGUAUGCUCGCGCAACCGCGAGCUGGGCGAGCAGAUCGGCGAGCAAGUGCGCAGCAAGUCGUUCUUCUGGGCCACGGCGCGCAAGGCCGGCAUCCCCGAGGCGCUCGCGCGGUGCGGCCGCAACCUCGCGCUGCAGGGCGAGCUGUGCGGGUCGAGCAUCCAGGGCAACUUCGAGGGCUUCGCGGCGGGCACGCACGAGUUCUACCUCUUUUCCAUCUGGGACGUCGACGCCCAGAAAUACCUGCCGCCGCGCGAGGUGCACGAGACGUGGGCGCCGCGGCUGGGCGUCAAGCACGUCGCCGUCGAGGGAUACCGGCCGCUGAAGGAGAUCGCGUCCAGCGUCAAGGAGCUGGUGGCGCGGGCGGACGGCAAGGGCCUCCACGGACGGAAGAGGGAGGGGAUCGUGCUGAAACAUGUUGAUGGAGCGUUCAGCUUCAAGGCGAUAUCCAACUCGUAUCUGCUCAAACACGGAGAGUAACAGAAUCGGGAGCAACGCAACCCGAGGGCAUAGAACAGGCGUUAUUCGUUUAUUCGAAUUGGGCAAACAUCAUCGCGAGGGGCUCAUCAACGGCAAGCUAGUUUUUGAAGAAUAUCAUAGGCAAUGUGCAGAGUUAAAU